AUGAAGAAUCAAGUUUCUGGAGUGGUCAUUCUCGUUUUUAACUUCGUGUUUUCACCAUUCAAGCCGUUCAGGUAACUUCAAAAUGUUUCGGUCUUGCAUUGCAUUUUAGUCCCGUGUUAUACCAUACCCCACAAUUCCAAACUGAUUUUUUUAAAGUUACUACUUAUCAUUGAAGAAGGCUGAGUAUGAUAUGAAGAAUUAUGCAGUUCGAGUAGAAUCUUUUUUUUAUCGGUCGAGGUGGAUAACAUCCCCUGAGAUCAGCAUAAUUCUUCACAUCAUAAGAAAGCAGAAUUCAAUAAUUGCUUUAUUGUUUAUUAAAACUAUUUCUUAGUUCUUAAGAAGGUUGCCUCCUCGCAGACGUUCUUCAAAACUUUUGCCUGAAACCGUAGAUAUCAUCCAUGGAGCGAUGUAAAUGUUUUGCGUUUUCUUUUAUUUCUUCCGCUCAGUCUUCAGAAAUUCAGCUAUUUCGUCUUCGGAUGGCCGUGGACGCCCUUUUUUGUAGUUCACUCGUGAAUUGACAACUAGGUGGCAGCUCCUGGAAAGAGGUAUUGCCCAAGCAGCCUCGUUUCCAUGCAAAUAUACCAUCGAUCAACCUUGUUUGCCAACAAAUAUACCAUCGAAUCGAUGGUAUCUUACUCGCGUCUUCCAAAUUUGGUCAAGGUCAUUAGCCGUGAAAGAAAUUCUCAACAGCAUCGCUUCCUACGACCAACAAAAUGAUUUCGAGCCACGCCUUCCUAGAUAGACCACUUGACGUGCCAUUUUGAGCAUUCGCUUACGGCAGGUCCAACUUAUAUCUUUAAGGUGAAACAAUUUAUAAGAAUUUACUUUGAUAUAGUCAGAUCUGAAUUCAAAUUCGGAUAAACACUGUGUUACCUCAAGUCUUUUUUGAAUCACCGGACUCUAAAUCCUACAUCAUGCUUUCAUCCAGUCAGUGGUGCGAGGGGAACUGACAGGUUUUUUUCUCGUUGCUGUUCGUUUUUGCAGCCACAAGACACAGCUGAUGAUCACGGCCGCUUCCAGUGGAGUGCGGAGAUUUCCCAUUCGAGUGUUAGCUACUGAACCGGAAGUAGACGAUGUAAUUACUAUCGAAUCUGUUGGUCUAAAUAAGGAAUCAGUUGUAGGCUUCAGGAUGAACAGUCAAAUGAGGUGGGUGUAUGGGGCGUGAUCGGAUCACGUUGUUAACGCAAAAUCUGCUGCAUUCUCUGUAUCACAGUUCCUUUAAGAGCAAGGAUUAGAGCGGUUGGUGUGUGGCCUCCCGUGCAAGAAUUCCCCAGUUCAGUCCCCAGGGGAGUAACCUCAAGUCUUUGUUUCGACUCCUUUCCUUUCCUUGUAUCUACGAGUAGCUUUGAGCAGCCUAUGACCAGCCACCCCUCCACUCAGAAAAAAUCGAAGAAAGGGGUGGGGGAGGGGGUGGCUAUACACAGGCUAUGCUUUGAGUACCUUUUAAUAUCCGUCAAAUAGGGUAAGACAGACUGGGGGGAAUGAGCGCACCGUCGACCUCAGGUUUGUCAGUCAGGCCCCGGUUGUUCAAACGUUGGAUAGCGCUAUCCACCGGAUAAAUCACUAUCCAGUCGAUAAGUAUUACGGAAAUCAAUUACGCUAUCCGCUGGAUAGUGAUUUAUCCGGUGGAUAACGCUAUCCAACGUUUGAACAACGGGGGCCAGAUGAUGACUUUUUCGAGCUAACGACGUAAAAUAAAAACUCUUCGCGUUCACUUUUUAUCUUCGCCCUUUUGUAUAGUUAAUGUACUUUGCAGAAUGACAACUGAAUAGUCUACCUUUUUUCAGACACACCCUUCCAUUCGAGGCAUUCUUCACUCCCAGUUAUGACCUGGAUUUCACAGUCAUCAUCUGGUACAGAAGGAACACUGAUCAAGGUGGCCUACAAACCUCAAAUAUACGGCAAGACACACAGGGCUAAACUGGUGGUUCAGGUAAGAUCUGUUAGCCUCAACUGGCCCUUGUUUCCCACCCGAUCCCAGAUCCUCUCAGAAGGAAAUGCAUGAAAAAAGCACGAAAACUUUAGGGCGAUGAGCGUGAUGGCAGAAAUGACCUUCUCCCGCCAAUUUUCUUAUCACGCCCCACAUAUGGUCGAGUUUUUUCUAGUCUUCCGUGAUUCUUCCUGUCUACUUACAAAUGACGAAAAUUGUAACUGGCGACUAUCUUUGUUUUGCUGAUAAAUUUCAUCAUGUGGAAAAAUAUGUGAGCCAUUUUUCGUGUGAAUUCGUAGCUAUCGGACAGGGGUAGUCACUAAUUGUCAUGAGGUUAAAAACAUCGACCUUCAAUCAGCUUCCUGGAGAAGGCAUUUUAAUAAUUCCGCGUUUUUCUUGGUUUUCUCGCAGACAUCAGACAUGCAAUGGACGUAUGAUAUUCUAGGUACAACUGCUGACUACAAUCCGCCAAACGUGCAGGCAAGAAUCACGUCCACCAGUGCAAACUCGGCGCGCCGGACCGUGAAGCAGAAGAAGAACUAUGUACUAGAGAACUUGAAGUUACAGAGUACAGCCGUGCCCUCCCCUUAUAAGGGAGUAAGACGUGUGUCACGCUCAGCUAGAUAACAACGACGCACAAGUGUACACGCUGUAUAGCAAGCGAAGUUAGAAGGAAGUGUUAAUUGUCCAAAAUGCUUGGAAGUGUUUUGUUCCAAUGUAGCAUAUGUACAUAAUGUUUCCUAACCGAUAUUUUAUUUUUGUACCCAAAGCUUUUUUGUUGAUUUUGUGUGUUUGGCACUGUAGAUAAAAUUCCCAUGACACAUUGCUUUACAAAUGUUAUUACAAAUUGUCC